AUGUCCGACAUGGAGGAUUUGGCCAAGCCGAGCGUGCAGGCCAACGCUUCAGAGAGCUACCCGCUGAACCCGGCCAGCGUGAUCGUGUCGGUGGUCUUCUCGCUCAUCUUCCUGCUGGGCACGGUGGGCAACAGCCUGGUGCUGGCCGUGCUGCUGCGGAGCGGCCAGGUGGGCUACAACACCACCAACCUGUUCAUCCUCAACCUGAGUUUGGCCGAUUUCUUCUUCAUCAUUUUCUGCGUGCCCUUCCAAGCCACCAUCUACUCGCUGGACGGCUGGGUGUUCGGCUCGUUCAUGUGCAAGGCCGUGCACUUCUUCAUCAACCUCACCAUGUACGCCAGCAGCUUCACGCUGGCCGCCGUCUCUGUCGACAGGUACUUGGCCAUCCGCUACCCGCUACGCUCCAGAGAGCUGAGGACGCCGUGCAAUGCGGUGGUCGCCAUGGUGAUCAUUUGGGGCCUGUCCUUGGUGUUCGCGGGGCCCUACCUCAGCUACUACGACCUGAUCGACUUCGCCAACAGCACCGUGUGCAUCCCCGGCUGGGAGGAGCGCGACCGCAAGGCUCUGGACACGUGCACCUUCCUGUUCGGCUACGUCGUCCCCGUGCUGAUCGUCAGCCUGUCGUACACGCGCACCAUCAAGUACCUGUGGACCGCCGUGGAACCCCUGGAGGGCAUGUCCGAGUCCAAGCGGGCCAAGCGCAAAGUGACCAAGAUGAUCAUCAUCGUCACGGUGCUCUUCUGCAUCUGCUGGCUGCCCUACCACGUGGUCAUCCUGUGCUACCUGUACGGCGACUUCCCCUUCAACCAGGUCACCUAUGCCUUCCGCCUCCUGUCGCACUGCAUGGCCUACGCCAACUCCUGCGUCAACCCCAUCGUGUACGCGCUGGUUUCCAAGCACUUCCGCAAGGGCUUCAAGAACGUCUUCAGCUGCCUGCUCAGCAAGAACGGUCGCAACAAGGUCCACGUGGUGCACGUGGCCAACACCGUGCCGGGUUUCGAGGGGGCGUCCACUGAGGUGUCGCAGAUGAACGAGGAGAACGCCCGGCAGAACCAGUGCGAGAUGACGAACAGAAGGGCGGCCGAGCCCCGGGAGGCCACGGUCACCCUCGACUUGCCCUUUCACCAACCCACCUGA